AUGUUAUCCCUUUCUUCACUUUUUGCCCUGUUUGUUUAUCAACUGCUUUUUACUUCUCAUCUCGCCUUGGCUGCACCAAGCCAAGAUCGUCAAGAAGCCAUCAAUAUUUUCAGAGCCGCACUGCGGGACAGUCGCUAUAACUUUACCGAAAAGGACAUUGGCGCGACAGCCACAAGGCUAUUUGGAUGGCAAGGUUGCAGCACUUCCGAGAAGCAGGACAUCUAUUCUGUUCAAGGCAAGAAUUUGAACUGGAAUGAGGCAGCAGCUCUGGACUAUCUUAGUCCACCUUUUAUCAAUGAAGAUGAUCAAAAAGAGAUAAAGAAGAUUAUUGACACUGUCUCAACUAUCAGAGGUGGAAGCAGCUUGAACCCAUUCAAAUGGUGGCUUCAUGUUCGAUGCGAUGACCCUGACGACCGCUGUCCAUGUGGCCGCACCACCUCUACCGUUGCCUAUGUUAACAAUGAAGACCGUGAUUCUGGGUAUGCCUCUAUCAACUUUUGUCCACGGUACUUUGAGCUCCCAAAUCUAGAUGACGCGGUGAAAGAGAACGGUAACAAGGAUUUGCCUUGGGAACAUCGGGCAGAUCUGGAUAACUACGUUGGGAACAAAGGACGCACCUGGUUUCACGAAUUACUUCACAUUGACUGGGCCUCAGGAGUGUUACCUGGAUGGCAUAUCCGUGAUAUUUCUGCCUUCUACUACGACGACGAUAAUUCCUACCGCCACACAGGGCUGUAUGGCGCUGAGAGAACUAAAGCACUCGCCCGCUAUAAAUUCAGCCCAUCAUUCUUUAUUAGGAGAAACGCAGAUAGCUUCGCCAUGUAUGCUAUGGCCAAAUAUGUGCAGAAAGUUAUUGGCAAGUAUCCUCACCUUCCUUUAGCGAUGAAACUCGACGAAGUGGAGGACGGCCCUGGUUUCUUUGUGUCUGGUGGCAUUAGCAUUGACCCUGAAGGGAUAGUGACUAUUGCUGGUUCACAAGACGACGAUGACACCUGCCAUCUUUAUGGAGGCCAGGAAAUUCCUGAAAAGGAUGUUGUCCCAUUCAACUCUAGUGCAUGGUUCUGGGACCUAUCCGUCUACCCCGAGGAUUACCAACGUCAGUGGCGAGGCUGGUUAGCUGAAGCUCAUCCGUACAAAAAUUGGGUUCGCAUAGUUUUAAUGCAAACUGCAAUGGGUCCGCAGUGGAUGGCCUUCCAAGAUACGCCCGAUGACCCGAUUACAGACUUCUGUUCUGCAAAGAUACUUUCCAAGACACUCGUUGAGGGGGAUAAGAACGAUUUGAAGUUUCCUACAGAGCUUCCAGCCUUUGGCGCACACGAAGCCAAAGGGUGUGUUUACUCUAGAACUUCUGACCUGGUGGGCGGGAUGACAUGUGAGAGCGGUGCUUCGAAUAUUCGUUGUUGGGAGGACCCUGCGUGGGGCGAGAUGUCUGAAUGUGAUGGAGGAAGAUAUAUGCUGGGUAUUAAGUGUGACUGGAAGUAA